GGAGGCGGGCGUGGGGGAACAGAGGUCGUUUCUCCCUGACAAGGCCCAAGGAGAAACCCGAGUAGCUGCUGACAUCUAGCCGCCAUCGGGGAACAGUCUGCUGGGGCUCUGUGUUCUCCAUCAGGGUCGGGAGAACGAUAGAGCAGAGGGUGGGGUAAGCGCAAGGUGGAUGGACAGUGUCAGAGAUAGUGUCAGGGGAGAGGCCGGUGCCCAGGAAACAGGCAGUGUGGGAAGGAGGCAGUUCCAGGGUGAAUGGGCACGUGGGAGGCAGAGGGGUUCCCAGGAGGAGGAAGUAGUGACCAGGAAGGGGGCAAUGUGAGAACCAGCACCCUAGAGGAAGGGGAAAUGUAAAGGAAGAGGUGGUAUCCGUAGGAUAGGACAGUGCCAGGAUGAAGGGGUACAUAGGAGAUCAAUGUCCAGAGAGGGCUCUGGUAGGGGUAAAGGCAGAACCUUGCUGAAGAGGCAGUGCUUGAGGAGGGCAGUGUGAAGGGGUUAAUGCCAUGCUGAAGGGGCGGUGAGAGGGAGGAGAGCAAGGGUGAGGGGGGUGCAAUACCAGGGGAGGAGACAGUGCAGGCUUUCCUCUUUCUCAUGGUAAUAUCAUGGCAAAUUCCCAAACUGGAUGGACCCAGCUCGGGUAACACCCAGCUGGGCCGAGCCGGCCCUGGCCAGCCUGGGGGGGCCUCGGUGCCAGCUGGAGGGGCUGGGUACUGCGCCCUGCCGGGGGCAGGGUUCUGCUCCGCUCGCCCUUCGCGCGGACUGUGGCCUCGGCAGGCUCGGACCGGCAGGGUAGGGCCAGGGCUGGGCUUCUCUGGGCCAGAGAUCAAGGUCCCUGGCUGGGAUAGGCCCCCAAGCAUUCCAGUCUUCCUGACCCGGCUUCUGAAGAGGGCGCAGUAGAGCCUCCGGAGAGAACGUGCCACCACGCCACCUCGGCCGGGGGUGGGACCUAUGGUGUCCCCGCCCUGGGGCGGAGUUAUCUGGACCUAAGACCCGCCCUUAAAGCUAAAGCCUCUUGGAAACAAUAGUUCGGGGCGGAAGUUAAGAAGCCCCGAUAGCCAGGCGGCGGAAGUGGCCGUGUGACUGCUUGUCCGUGCGCAUGCGUCAUCCUAAUUCUUUGCUGCCGCUCUUCAAGCGCUGCUUUUCCUGUUUUUCCGCUCUUUUUCUCCACGCGAGGGGGUGCGCGUACCCCUAGCCGUGGUCGCGCGCUCAGCGCCUUUUCUACUCUCGUGGACUCCUCACCAUGGCGGGCAUCCUGUUUGAGGAUAUUUUUGAUGUGAAAGACAUUGAUCCAGAGGGCAAGAAGUUUGACCGAGUGUCUCGACUGCACUGUGAGAGCGAAUCUUUCAAGAUGGACCUCAUCUUAGAUGUAAACAUUCAGAUUUACCCCGUAGACUUGGGUGACAAGUUCCGGUUGGUCAUAGCCAGUACCUUGUAUGAAGAUGGUACUCUGGAUGAUGGUGAAUAUAACCCCACAGAUGAUAGGCCUUCCAGGGCUGACCAGUUUGAGUACGUAAUGUAUGGGAAAGUGUAUAGGAUUGAGGGAGAUGAAACUUCUACCGAAGCAGCAACACGCCUCUCUGCCUACGUGUCCUAUGGGGGCCUGCUCAUGAGGCUGCAGGGUGAUGCCAACAACCUGCAUGGAUUUGAAGUGGAUUCCAGAGUUUAUCUGCUGAUGAAGAAACUGGCAUUUUGAACCACCCGGGAAGCCAACCUUGCUGCUCAGUCACUCAGGUCAUGGAUAUUCGUUCAAGCCCAAGGAGCAGUUGCUCUUGUUUACCUGUUUUCUGUCCACUGUGGCUGCAUCUUUAGGAGGUCUGGACUCAAUGGGAAACCGACUUGCCUGUGAAAGACUCAAUGGGAGAGCUUAAAAGGAAUCAGAAGUUGUUUCAUGUGGAUGCUUUUUAAAAUUAAACUUUACUUUCUCAGACUC